GAGUAACUGAGUGAUAUCACCAAUAAUUUAUAAGUACUCACGUUAAUUUUACUCACGUAAUGACUUGCAGAUUUUUAAAUAAUAUAACAGGAUUCAUUAUGUCUUUAAAAUAAUCUUAGUGUAAUGAAUUACAUAAAUUAAUUCUUACAAAAAAGUAUGAUAGUGGAUUAGUUGAUGUCAUUGACAUAGUUCGACCUUCCUUCUAUAAAUAAGGUACUUACUAGUUAAGUAUGACCGACCGUAUCUACAUAAACAGUGUAUUCGUGUAUAUGUUUAUUUACCUGACUUUACAUAAUCGGUCAUAAUUCCCUAUCGCGGGCAUUAUCAUCAGUGAAAAAGAAAUGAUAACCUCUACAUUAACUUUUGCUGUGCACGUUAUAAUGUCGUCGUUCCGAGUUCUUGCGCCAGUCGCUCGUUUGCUGGAGAACGCAUUUCCAGUUCGAAACAUGGCCUCCAAAGCAGUAAAAGGAAAAGUUAAUUUCAACUCUAAGCAUUUGCGAAGAGGCGACCCCAUGCCACCGUACACGGGCAAGUUGCGUGUGUACAACAUGCGCUACUGCCCCUACGCACAGCGCACCUUGCUUGCUCUCAUCGCCAAGGAUAUCGAUUUCGAAGUCGUCAAUAUUCAUCUGAUGGACAAACCAGAGUGGUUCCUAGCUAGAAGUGCUUUUGGAAAGGUCCCAGCACUAGAGGUAGCGGAUGGAGUGACUAUCUAUGAAAGCCUGGUGACGGUUGAAUACUUAGAUGAUGCGUAUCCACAGCGACCCCUGUUGCCUAAGGAUCCAGUCACGAAGGCCUACGACAAGAUCAUUAUUGAAGCUACGGGUCCUAUUCAUGGUUUAUUCUACAGAAUAUUAAGAACGCCGGAGUCUGUUACGAAUGAACACGUAGAGGCGUACCACAAAGCUUUAAAGUUCAUUGAAGACCAAAUUAAGGCGCGUGGAAACAAGUUCUUGGGUGGAUCGAAACCCGGAUACGCAGACUACAUGGUCUGGCCCUGGUUUGAGAGGAUCAUAAACUCAGACCUCGAUGGUAGGCUCAAGAUUGACGGACAGAAAUUUAAAGUUUUGUCCGAGUACAUCAACCACAUGCUUCAAGACCCGGUAGUAAGCCAGUACAUUGUACCUAAGGAGAUUAUGAGCCAAUUCAUCAUACCAUACAGAAGUGGAGAUUUCGCAAAUAUAAACUACGAUAUAAUGAUUGAAGAAUAAGUCGGGAGAACCCUAGUCACACAUACACAAAUAUGUAUUUACAGAUACUGCAGAUGCAAAAUGUACGAUGCUUUAUUUCAUACCCACUGAUAAUAAAUGUUAUACUGUA